AUGCCGGUCAUUAAGCUGCGCAUGCAGCCACGGCGUGCCCUCGGGUCCUUCGAGAGAGAGAUGGAUCUGGGAUGCGCUGUGGGCGAAACUAUUCCCGCCCCACGCGAAUUUGCCUCAACUAACAGUCAGCAACUCGAUAUGAUUCCAGAGCGGUCGUUCUGUGAGAAGCCGUCUCCGCCCACCAUUGUUAUUCCCCAGGCACUCGUUCAGGUCCAGGACCGAGUAGGACCAGGAACCAUCGGGUCGCUCGCAGCGGCAGCUUAG